ACAGUUAAGUUAUACAUGUUUAGUGGUCUCGUGCUAACGACUGUGUGUUUAUUUUCUAACAGAUGUGUGCAUUGCAAUGUUGUGUACUCUGAUGUGGCCGCACUGAAGUCUCACAUUCAAGGUUCUCACUGUGAAGUCUUCUACAAGUGUCCUAUUUGUCCAAUGGCGUUUAAGUCUGCCCCGAGUACACAUUCUCAUGCCUACACGCAGCAUCCCGGCAUCAAGAUAGGAGAGCCAAAAAUAAUAUAUAAGUGCUCCAUGUGUGACACCGUGUUUACCCUGCAAACCCUCCUGUACCGCCACUUCGACCAGCACAUCGAAAACCAGAAGGUGUCUGUUUUCAAGUGUCCAGACUGUUCUCUCUUAUACGCACAGAAGCAACUCAUGAUGGACCAUAUCAAGUCUAUGCAUGGAACAUUGAAAAGUAUUGAAGGGCCUCCAAACUUGGGUAUAAACUUGCCUUUGAGCAUUAAGCCUACAACACAAAAUUCAGCAAAUCAAAACAAAGAGGACACCAGAUCCGUGAACGGGAAAGAGAAAUUGGAAAAGAAAUCCCCAUCACCCGUGAAAAAAUCUUUGGAACCCAAGAAAGUGGCCAGUCCUGGGUGGACGUGUUGGGAGUGUGACCGGUUAUUCACGCAAAGAGAUGUUUACAUUUCCCACGUGAGGAAGGAGCAUGGGAAGCAAAUGAAGAAGCACCCCUGCCGCCAGUGUGACAAGUCUUUCAGCUCAUCCCACAGCCUGUGCCGUCACAACCGCAUCAAGCACAAAGGCAUCAGGAAAGUUUAUACCUGCUCGCACUGCCCAGACUCCAGGCGUACCUUCACGAAACGGUUAAUGCUGGAGAAACAUAUCCAACUCAUGCACGGAAUUAAGGAUCCUGACUUGAAAGAAAUGACAGAAGCCACCAAUGAGGAGGAAACAGAAAUAAAAGAAGAUACCAAGGUUCCCAGUCCCAAGCGGAAGUUGGAAGAACCCGUUUUAGAGUUCAGACCUCCCCGAGGAGCCAUCACGCAGCCCCUGAAGAAGCUGAAGAUCAAUGUGUUCAAGGUGCACAAGUGCGCCGUGUGCGGCUUCACCACGGAGAACCUGCUGCAGUUCCACGAGCACAUCCCGCAGCACAAGUCGGACGGCUCGUCCCACCAGUGCCGCGAGUGCGGCCUCUGCUACACGUCGCACGUCUCCCUGUCCCGGCACCUCUUCAUCGUCCACAAACUGAAGGAGCCGCAGCCGGCGGCCAAGCAGAACGGGGCCGGCGAGGAGAGCCAGCAGGAGAACAAGCCUGGCCCAGAGGACGCGCCGGCCGACGGCCCCGUGUCGGACAGAACGUGCAAAGUGUGUGCAAAGACGUUCGAGACGGAAGCUGCCUUAAACGCCCACAUGCGGACCCACGGCAUGGCCUUCAUCAAAUCCAAAAGAGUGAACUCGGCGGAGAAAUAGCCGCGCACCCUUCCCGCGGAGAGUCCCGGUCCACAUUGGAAGCAAAGAGACGGUUUUCUUACAAAAAGUUGGCAGUUAUCAUAGAGUUAACAGUACUGUCUAGGCUGUUGCAAUAUAUCCUCCUUCCACUCCCUUCUCCGCCUCCUCCUGUAUAUCCUCCUCGAUUAAGUAUUAAAACAGUAUUUGAGUUGAAAAGAGUUUGUAUAUAUUUAAAUGAAUAACUUUUUAUACUCUUUGUUACAUGUUUAUAUCAGUAUUUAGUGGAAAAUGUUUUGAAGUUUUUUUUUUUGUUUCGUUCUUGGUUUUUUUGUUUUUGUUUUUGUUUUUUAACUUGGGUUAGAAUUUUUCUUUUUGUACUGUUUCUUUAAAACAGAGUUCUUAGUAACAGGGGCAGUUCCUGAAUUCAAAUAAACCAUUUUGUAUGUCACAGAUUUGAAUGGGUUAACUAAUUACAGGCUACGAUAAUGCCUUUUUUAGUGUUUUUAAUUUUUAGAAUUCACUACAUAAAUCGUAGGUGAUUGUAGGUCUCAAAAACACUAGGGACUUUUAAGUGUCUUAGCACCAUCCUCAACGUGCCUGCUCCGCCAGGGAGUGCUGGCCCCGCCAGGACCGCAGCCCGGCGUGUGGCGUCUUCUCCAGGCCAAACUGUGUCGAAAGCAGCCUUGCAGUUCGCUUCUUUCUCAGUGGGGGGAUGAAAACUUGGGCCAGAAAUCCAGUAAGGAACGUGGAUUAAUUCCGUCUCAGAAUGGGGAAGAAAGGUAUCCUAAAGGGAAAAAAACGGGGGUGCGGGGUGGCUGGGGGCAGCGGUGGCUCUCUGGGCCGAUUUGCAAGGCUGACUUCUAAAGAGCACAAGGAGAUAUAGCAGCGAAAGGGCUGGACUACUGUAAAAGUUACAAAUAUGUAGUUAGACCAAUAGAUUUAUAUAGUCAAGCUUUUGUCAUGUAAUUUAUUAACUACUGCAAAGACACAACUAAAAAUAUCAAGUAUUUCUCUGGCUCUUGACAGGAGAAAAAAAAAAAAAUCACAAUUGACUUAACCCUUUGCUGUCUAAAGAGUUGGCGUUUCCUGUUCAGGGUGCUACUGCCAAACAUCCUGGUACUUAGACUUGGGAUGCACAACUUCCACCUUAUUGAUGCAGCAGCCGGCGUGUCGCAGUUGGCCGUUCGAGUCAGCACUGAGCCACCUGGGUUUAGUUCAGCCAUUUCAAUAAGUAUCUUUAACAUCGGUAGUUGCGCUUUCUUAGUGCAGCCGAGGUACUCUUCUGUCCCUUCCAAACGUUUAUAGUUCUCUGGGAGAGUUAUACUUUUUGGUUUUGUGUUUUCUUUUGCAUUUUAUAUCUUGUAUUUAUCCCUAAACAUGUUUUGUACUUUUUUUUUUAAGAGAAGAAAUUCUUUUGUGUAUAUAUAGAUAUACUUGCAUGAUAUACUGUAGUCAACGUUCGGUUCCUCAAAAGGUCUUGCUGCUGUCAGGUGUCAUGCACUAACCAUAUCCAUCCUAACUGUAUUAAACACAUUUCAUAUGUAAAUAAACGUGGGACAUUUGGCC